AUGCAGGCACAGCUGGCGUGUGUGCUGCUCCUCUGCUUCACAUGUGGUGGACUUUGUACAGACGUCGACCAGGAGCAGCGAGCACUAGAAGAGGAGCUGCUCAGCAGUCUCUUCACCUCUAAGAUGAAGCAGAAUAAGCAGAGUGCCCCCUACUGGCGUGUGUCGCUGGCCAACCUGUGCAGGAUGGUGAGCAGCCUGCGGCAGGAGACGUGGAGCAGUGACGAGCAGGAGGACGGCGAGCUGAGGGAGGGGAGCCUCCAGCUGCUGGAGGAGCUGUACAGCCUGCAACACAUCUGCCGAGCGCUGCAGGGCCGGGAGGAGAGGCUACUUCACGACUCUCUAGAAUAUUUAGAGGAGAACAGUGACACUCCGCUGAAGCGAAAAUCACCCUACAUCCUGAAGAGGCAAGCGGCGCACACCACCAAGUCCCGGAGGCCAUACAUCUUAAAACGAAGUGCAAUUUACUGACAACCAUCCCAGAGGCCGAGGUGAUGUUAAAGGGAACAGGCCAUAUACUUUCUGUGAAGAUGUGAUUGUGUUUCUUUUCUCUCGCUUCCUGUAGCUGCAAUGUUUUUUCUUUUCCCAUUGUUGUUUUUCUUCAGUCAGACCCUUUGAUUGUAUGUCCAGCAUCGAGGCCUGUCUGUAUUCUGCUCCUUUCAAAUA